CUCGACGAAACAUGGAGCAAGAAGGCCCUGUGUCGUCCUGUCCGCUUCAAUGACGGCGUGAGCCCCCGACGAAAAUCUUGCCUUCGCCAUUCGCACACUGCAGCAUUGGCUUGCCUUCGUGUCGGCCGCAGUCGGUCGUUUGUCUCUCGUCGUUGGCCACAUUCACCGCUUCGGGCUCGCGACCCGCUGCGCCGUCCUCGCCCUCCCCGACCUCCGCGCGCCCGUCCGCCAUGGCGACGGCCAGCGAGACCGACGUCAAUGGCACAAGCAGCUGGAGUCGAACGAGUUUCUCCAAGUCGUUCAAGCGCAAGGGACGCAAGAACAAGGGCUCGGAGACGGGUUCGAUCGCCAGCAGCGGCGGGGGUGGUCCUGGUGACGCUGCAAGUCCGCAGCUCGAGCCGUCGGCGUCGCGCCGCAACAGCAACGACUCGUCGCGCAUGCUGUCCAUCAAGCUAGGCAACAAGAAGAGGAGCAAAACCGGCCUGAGCCGGACAGGAAGCGAGAGCGGCGGCUCGGAGGCGCUGUCUCGAGCGACGGCGGACGAGGCGGCUGCGAACGAAGAGGAUUCCAGCAACUACUACACGGAAGAGGACGAAGAAAGCUCCAGCAUCGCUAAGCGACCCACCCUUUCGGCACGCAACUCGCACCUUGGCCAUUUGGCAUCGUCGUCGCCUCUGAUUACGACUGAAACGCUAGAUCCCUCGCCAUUGUCUCACGUCGCCACCGCUCCGGUCUCCUCCGGUGCGAAGUCGAACUCACUCCAAGCGCCGUCCCCGAGCCAGCGACGAAGUCCUUCGCCGGUGGGGAGACUGAAAGAAGCUUUCAGCAGAAGUCGCCGGAAUUCGACCGCUCCCGCUGCUGUUCCGGAGACCGCCGCCGCAGAAGACCAAGAGCAGAAGGACAGCGAGGAAACAAUUCGACAGGAUCGGGGGCGGGCUGGAACCGGCAGUCCUGGGCCUGUGUUCUUUAAUGAGAAGGAGCUUGUACAGGAGCCUGGCGAAAAAACUCCCUCGCCAAUCAAGACUAAGACGCCUCGGCCGCUUAUCACGAAGCUGCCUUCAACUCCGCCAGGUUUUAAUGGACCGUCGACCGUGGUAACUCCGCCUACUCCGACAGACAACCCCCUCGCGCGCAACUCUUCGACGCCCAGUGCCUCUGUAGGUGUCAUAAAGGCUCCUGAGAGCGCUCACACAGCAUCGCCCCCUCCAGACUCGAACGGUGUGCGAAAGCAAGGACUGCAGCACCGUCGCGUAAAGUCAGCAGGGCAGCCGAGCAAGCUCUCGAACACCAUCACUGCCCCACUCACGCCCGCGAUUGAAGAGGUCAAGACUCCCGGCGGGACGUUGACGACGCCGAACGUGGCUGGUGGCUUUUUCUCGUCUAUGUUCUCUGCUGCCCAAAGCGCUGCCAACACGCUAACGAACACGAUCACAGCUGGUGGUGGGCAGAAGACGAAGAGCGACACUGAUCCGAAAGUAGGACGUACUGGAGGCGAAGAGGUCAUACUACCUCCAGGAAGUGAUCAAAAGCAGGACCCGCCUGCCGGUGAGCGCAAGCCGCUAGCCAUUGAGACCUUGGGAUCCGGCAAUCUUAGUCUUAGUCAUCUCGGCAUAUCAGAAAAUUCAGAUGUUAGCCCAAUGAACUCAAGCGCGGAGUUGGUGUCUAGCCUCCGCCGCGAUGAGGCAGCCGCGCGUGCCGAAGACGAGUCGGCCGCAAGAGCGGUGUCAAUGGCGUACAGCGAAAAGACGAAUGGCGACAGAACACACUCAGCAACACCCUCCGUUGUCGAGAGCACGGAGCACGCUUCCACUCCCGUCGCCGCGGAGCACGAGGGCAACAGCCUACGACGAGCAGGUAGUGUGCGCAGUCGACUCAGCGGCCGUAGACGAAGAACAAGAGGAAGUUCCGCAGCGACUGGGAAUACGAUGGCGCCUACGAUCAGUGGACCUGGAUCGAUCAUGCACAAGCUACCUGGCUUCUCCGUAGCCCCGCAAAAGCGUCAGCGCGACUUUCACAACCUCUUCCGUAGUGUACCGGAAGACGACUAUCUCAUUGAAGACUACAGUGCUGCAUUGCAGCGUGACAUCCUACUCCAGGGCCGGAUGUACAUCUCAGAGGGCCACAUUUGCUUCUCUUCCAACAUCCUAGGUUGGGUUACAAACCUAGUCAUGAGCUUCGACGAGAUCAUCUCCGUAGAGAAAAAAGCUACGGCCAUGAUUUUCCAAAACGGUAUCAUUAUCCAAACGCUCCAGGCGAAGAACACUUUCGCCAGCUUGUUGAACCGCGAUACAACGUACGACCUAAUCAUCAGCAUAUGGAGGAUCACGCACCCCAACCUGCGGAGCACGCUCAACGGGGCGCCAGUCGAGGGACCGGGAAGCGGAGAUAAGACGGAGAAGGUUGGUACACCCAUUGAGGAGGAGUCUGCGUCGGAAGAGGUCUACGAUGAAGAUGAAGAGGACGAGGACGAUGCAGAAGAAGAGGCCCACGAGAGCUUCGUGGAGCCCAACGAAGGAAGCACUGGCAUGAGCGAGGCCGGCGACACUACCAAGGCCGCCAAGCGGCUCUCCUCCAAUCCAGCAGGCACACCCGUCACAAACGGAUUAACGAAAACCGUUGACGCAGUUGAGUCCGUGCUCACCGGUGCGACAGCCACUCUCGACUUCCCCGGACCUGCAACCCACGCCCCAACUAGUUGUGGCGACAACAGCUCGCACCUGGAGAAAGUGCUUUUGGAGGACUCAAUCCCCGCGCCUCUGGGAAAAGUCUACUCGCUCAUGUUUGGCCCUGCUUCUGGCAGGUUCAUGCGCAAGUGGUUGGUUGAGGACCAGAAAUCCAUGGACUUGCAGCUGGAUGAGAAUGCACUUUUAGACAACGAGCACAAGAGCAUGACCUUUUCGUACAUCAAGCCUCUGUCCGGGUCAAUCGGUCCUAAGCAGACCAAGUGCAUCAUCAACCAGACGCUUGAGCAAUUCGACCUCAAUAAAGCCGUCACUGUGGCGUGCUCGACACAGAACCCGGACGUACCCAGCGGCAACAUCUUCGUCGUCAAAACGCGAUAUUGCUUGUCGUGGGGACCGAAUAACUCAACCAAGUUCUUGGCUACGUGCCAGAUCGAGUGGUCAGGCAAGAGCUGGCUCAAGGGUCCGAUUGAAAAAGGCGCAAACGACGGGCAAUUGGCUUACCAGAAGGACAUCGUGGCCGCCCUGAAAGCAGCCGUAGUGGCAAAGAGCACACUCAAGGCCGGUUCGAAAGGAAAGGGCAAGGGAAGCAAGCGAAAGAAAGACUCUGCCGAUAUCACAGGCGAUUCGUCGACGCCGACCACGAGCGAGAUCAUCACCAAGCCCGCCGAGCCAAACUGGGGCCUCUUCGAACCUCUUCGAGGACCACUCUCUCCAGUCGCCAGCAUGGUGCAUCCCUCUUUUGUAGUUGCCUUCCUCAUGUUCAUGGUUUUCUUCCUCUGGUGGCGUCUCAGCGUCGCGGGUACCGGCGCACAUGUCAUCGGGUUGCCGCACGCACAACGCAUAAUUGCAUACGAGGAGAUGUGGCGGCAUGAAGAGAGCGAGCUUUGGAAGUGGCUGGAGAACCGAGCAGGGCUUGACGGGUCCGUGCCUAGUUUUCUCAAUGGCGGCGAGAACAUCGAGCGUAAAAAGUGGCUUGAGAAGCAGCGGGUCAAGGAGAUGAAGCGCAACCUGGAUGGGGCCCCGGAUCUGGAGGAGAAACAAAUGAAAGAGGCAAUCCGAGUUACAAGAGAGAGACUCCAGGCUUUGGAGAAGGCUGUUCUGGAACGAGAAGAGUAUCCUGAGCAGAAACACGUCUUCUCGUGAGGGAGCAAAAAUGAUAAUGUUUAAGCCAUUUUUUUCUUUCAGUCUGGAAGAAUAUCCUAACACGGCGGUACACAGUCUUACAAGCACUCACGUUUCCUAGGCGAGCAUAUGCUCUCUCACCCUCCCUCCCUCUCUCUUUGUUGGAUACACCUUUUUGUGAAUAGACACCUAAACACACUAGGAAUCGCUUGUACUAGUACUGAAGAUAAGCGGAAUGUGAAAGUGAAAGUGUCCUACGUGGGCCUGUGGGUUCGAUUCCCUUUUCUCUUUUGUGGUUCACA